AUGGACAUAGACGACGAUCCUGUCGUGGCCGAGUACGAUGUCUACAUCACCCCCGAGGCGGAGGAGGGACAGCUCUAUGUGCUGCAGUACCUGAAUCGCCCGCCCGACCAACCAUUCACGAAAGCCACCCAGAGCCAUCCUACCGAAUUGCGCGUCAAGAAAGAGUCCGGAUUCAUUGAAGUCGACAUCCCUAUGGACAUCCACAACAACUACAACCGCCCCGCAGGUGUGCGCUGGGGCGAGGCGAUGCGCAAAACCAAAGGGUUUGGACAGAAAGCGUUCGGCAUUGCAUCCGGCUUCGAGCGCACAAUGCCACGCGCAGCUAACCGGGCUGGCGCCGGUGAGGGAGGACCAGCGGCACCGACUACAGCCGAGGACGACGACAACUUCGAGGAAUAUGUUACAAACUUUGAGGAUGCAAACGAGAAAGGCCACGUCUUGAACGUGCAGACUUUCGGUGGACAGAUCCUCAAGGACGACGGCAAAGGUCCCAGCUACAUGCUCGGCACGUUCCGCGAUGGUACCAUCUCCGGCCACAUGAGAUUGAAUGGACUCGUACAGCUCCGAACCCAGUUCCACCAUGUCGACGCAUCGGCUCAACUUGAGGCAGUCCAGCGUCGCCGCGAAAAAGAGUCGCAAGAAGGCGCAAAGCCUGUGGAACCCAAGGCCUUCCUUCCCACCCUGAAGAAGAGUGGUGGCGAUACUGCUGCGGAGAUGACGCAGGCCUUCAUGAAGUCGGCGCACCAGGAGCCCUGGCACAAGUUGAACUACCAUGACGAAGACGUACAUCUACCUUUCCCAACAUAUACCUCCGAAGCUAACUUCGUUUCACAGGCGUCUGAGGCCUACGGCACAUACGCCGAGCGCCUGUUCCUACCUGAUGUUGCCGACGCGCCAAAGCUCCAUUCGAACCUCGACAACGACCAAUUCCUCGAUGCUAUUAGCGCACCUUCCGCCAGCAAAGGAGGUCGCAAGAAGACGUCCAAACGCACUGCAGAUGAGCUGAUCGAGAUAUCGGAUGAGUCGGACGAGGAAGACGUAAAACAAAGCGCUCCGAUCGUGAGUUGA